AUGGCGUGCCGCAUGAUGCCCCGCCAUCUAACGGAGAGUUUUAGGGACUAUACAAACAGCUCACCACUGCCUGCCACUGUUGUUUUAUCGCCUGUCUCUUUUCUUUCAUUCCAUGGGCAGUACGAAUUGCUGAGAAACAUCGAACACAUUUGGCACUUGUGCGAGAUACUUUUCUUGGACGUCCAACCAGGCACAGCAUAUUUGCAGCAGCUGCAGCGCUGGGUUCAGAGCCGUUCUGCAGAUACCCUGGGAGCCCGAGUGCAGGAGCUGCUCGAAGAGGAUGAACCACACCGGGCUGUGGAUUACUGGGAUCAUGUGUAUAUGCUGGUCCUUCAGGCCAACCUGGAUGACGUAAGGAGGCUUCUCAGAACACACCCAAGCUCAGGCCGAGACGACUUUGUCAUGCUGGAUGAGCUGCUGCAGUCAGCACCACAGGGCUCCCACCAGGUGGCGUCGAGGGAGCUGCUUGUCUGGUGGCAGACAUGGCAGGCCCAGUGCGCACGUCAUCUUGCAGAUGGUGAUUUUUCUCUCUUGCCGGAGCUGGAAGUCAUCUGCAAGAUAUUAAUGGGGGACAAAGAAACUUUCAGAAAGCUAAGGGAGCUGUGCAUGACGUGGUACAACUACCUGGUUGCACUGGUGACCUAUACUCGGCCCACAGAUGAGCCACAGAUGCUGGCCGACUUGGCUGAGAACUGCCUUACCGCAUUUGGAGGGUUCGAAUCAACAGGAGGCAUGGACAGCAUUCUCCUGGCCGCAUUCAGAUUUGACUUGCCACAAGUUAUUCGAGAAGCCAGCUUAUUCCUGGACAACUGGUGGUUCUCGGCACACCUGUCGGACCUGCUCUUUCAUGCUGGACAGAUGGAGGCUAGCCAUGCAGAGUACGCCAGUGAAUUGAGGGAGCACCUGAUCCUGGAGUAUGCGUCGUCCCUCAUGACGCAUCACAGCCUCUGGCAGGUUGGUGUUGGCUACCUGGAUCAUUGCCCGCGACGUGGAAGGGAGUACUUGGAAGCCUUUAUCGAGCACAUCCCACUGAAAACCCAGGCACAAGCAUUGAAGGUUGUCGAAAUACUGGAGCGCAGGGAAAUGCCAGCAGUCAAGGACAUCUGCCAGACACUGGCAGUUCGUAUGGCGAAGAAGGGCCAGCUGGGAAUUGCGCUGACCUGGGCCAUGCGUUGCAAGAAUCCAAUAUUAACAUCAAGACUGGCAGACCAGUUCUUGGCUGAGUACAGUGAACGACGGGAACUGCCCUGCCUGGACUUGCUUGAGAACAUGGGCGAAAGCAUGUUGUUCAGUGACCGCCUGACAUUCCUUGCCAACUACCGGGAGUUCCAGCGCAAGCCCCCUGGCCAGACAGCUGCACGGCUUCUAACUGACCUCAUCGACUCGCAGCUUGCACCUCACUUUUUGUGGCCUCGUCUUCUCCGGGACGCAAUUCACACGCUGUCGGACUCAACGGAGAUUCUGCUGGAUAUGAAUCAGGUGGUGCAGUUGUUGAGUUGCCUGGAGGCAGUUUCUGCAGGAAGCACAGCAUCUGGAAAUGCCAUUGAUGUGCCAGAAUCGCAACAGAACUGGACAAAGACUGAAGAAAAGGAGCUUCGACGACUACUUUCUCACCAUCUGGUACAAGCAAUCACAAAGGAAGCCAGUGCACCACCCUGAGCACAGAACAGACCCUUCAGCUCAUUUCAAAUUGUUAACAUUUUUAGUGAAGCGCCAUUUAUAUGAACAGAUGAUGAAAUUUCAUUUAUUGCCGUGAAUAAAGUGGGAAUCAAGCCUG